UAUGACUAUUGUUGUUGGGAUUUAUGUGAAAGAACAGGAGACGCUCAAAAAAAAAAAAAUAUGACAAAGAGAAUCAAAACCUUGUAAAUUUUUUACUGAGGAAGGUUUCAUUUAGAAUAAAAUCUUAUUGAAAAAGUUAAGUUCUUAAAUAAAAGCUGGAUAGUGAACCACUAAAGCAGAAACCCCACAAAAAUUAAAAAAAAAAACAAAAGGUUUGUACUAGUAUUACCGGCCAAGUUCGCGGAUUGGAUUUCCACUGCACCUAGACUUAAUCUAGGAAUUGGUUCCACGUUCGUUGGCUUUUAUUCGAAUACAUCUGUAUCGUCUAAAAAUUCCACCGGUAGAAAUUGAUGAGUGUGAGAAUGAGGAAAACUUCACAUUCAACAAAAAUUGGUAAAAUUAAGAAAGUUUACUGUCAAAAUUUCGUCACAUAUGGGGAAUGUGUUUUCCAUCCGACCGAAUAUCUUAAUGUCGUCAUUGGACCCAACGGUACGGGGAAGUCCACACUAGUCUCAGCCAUUGUUCUGGGGCUUGGUGGAGAUCCAAAGAUUCUAGCACGCUCCAGUUCAAUUGGUGACUAUGUUAAAAACGGUUGCGAGUCUGCAAGAGUAGCGGUGGAAGUCUAUGGCCAAGGGGAAGAUACGACAAACUUUCAACGCAGCUUUGAUCUAAACGGGAAGUCACAAUUUUCAAUUAACAAUCAAACAGUAACUCAAAGAAAAUUCCUGGAAUCUGUAGACAAUUUCAAAAUUCAAGUAGGGAACCUAUGUCAAUUUUUACCACAGGAUCGAGUUCAGGACUUUGCUAAAAUGAAUCCCCAAGAAAUUCUUUUGAACACCAUUAAUUCUGUAUGCAGCCCAGAUGUUAUCAACAAUUUUCAAAAGCUUAAAGAUCUUCGUCACUCUCAGGAAAAUAAGAAAUCCGAAUAUAAAGAUUUAAAGCAAAAACUUGAUAGCACUUUAGCCAGAGUUGAAGAAUUAAAAGAUCAAUUGCAGCGUUAUAAUGCUCGUAAAGAUAUACAGGACAAACUUGGCGUUUGUAUGGCAAAGAAACUUCGCUUGGAAAUUGAAGAUAUUCAAAACAAGAUAUCCGAUCUUGAAAAUGAUUUGGGGUUGGCGAACGAACGUUUUGCUGCUUACGAACAAGAGUAUCAAAAUAUUAUUAAAAAACAGUCGAUGAUCGACAGUACAACAGACAAACUGAAAAAGGAGAUUGAGGAAAAGGAACGAAAUUUGAAGAUAGCAGAAGGUAGAAAAUCUCAAAUAAUUAUAAAGAUUGAAAUGCUGAAAAACAAAAUAAACGAAGAAAAAUCUAAAUUUGAGAAGCGAAAACGAGAUUCAAACGAACGCCAAAAAGAACUUAAACACGAGAUAAAGAUGUUGCAAGCUUACGCCCAAGAUUUGCAAAUUCUUAACAACGAUGAAAUGUCAGAAGCUAAUGGAGAAAAGCUAAUCAGGGAAUGUGAUUAUAAAAUGGAACAAAUAAAACAAACGAUGAAACGAUUGGAGCAAGAUCGCAGCAAUAUACAAAAUAAGCUAGAUGAAAAUAUAUCAGAGACACAGUCUUUGAAUUCGCGUCGUGGGUCUUUGGAGAACAUAAAUGAGCAGAAAAUGAGGUUUUUAAGGAGCAAGUUUCCUGAUGUUUAUGAAGCUAUUAAAUGGAUUGAUGAAAAUGCAGACAUCUUUGAGGGAAGAGUUUACAAACCAGCAUAUAUUGAGUUGACAGUAAUAGAUGAAAAGCAUGCAAAAUAUUUGGAGAACAUCAUUAAAAUUAGAGAUCUGUUGGCAUUUUCAUGUGAAAGUGCAGCGGAUCUAUCUGUACUUGCAACAGAAUUGUGCUCGAAAAAGAAGUUAGAAGUAAGUAUUUGUCAUGCGCCACCUCCUUCGGAAUCCUCAUUUACACCGAAAGUGCCUAUCGAAGAAAUACGACGGUAUGGAUUUGAAUCUUAUUUGAUAAACCUGGUAAAUGGGCCACGAGCCGUGUUGGGUUGUCUCUGUUCCUUAUAUAACUUGCAAAAUAUUCCAUAUGGCAGCGAUUAUGUAAAUAAUUGUACUGACAAAAUUCCCCACGACAUUCGUAGUUAUUUUGGUGGGAACAAUCACUGCACUCUAACAAUUUCGAAAUAUGGCAAAAAACAAGCAUCUCUUAUGCAAAGGGCUAUAUCUUCUAAAGGAUUACUCUGUAGUAGAAAUGACAGCGAAAUCAAUGCUAUAAAAUCCAGGUUGUAUGAACUACAACGAAAAACGGACUAUUUACGAAAUCAGCGAAAUGAAAUUGAAGUUCAAAUCCGUGCACAACAAGUUCUCUACGAAGAAGCAUCCAAAGUCAAAAAGGAGAUACAAGGAAAGAAAAUGGAAAUUAAACGUAAAAUGAUACAGAUAGAAAGACAAAGGAGCAAAAUCGAAACCCUCAAAAAAGAUGUAGUUGUAACUCCCGCAAUCGAAAUGGAAUUUAAGAAGAUUUGUGAUGAAGCGGUACGGGAUAUUUUUAAAUUACAGGCGGAAAGAAUUGAAAUUCUUAAAGUUAUUGAAAAAGCAAUGGAAGACAAAGCAUUUGCAAUCAACAAAUUCGGUAUUUUCAGAUUAGAAAAUGAUGAAAUUGUUAACAUUAUCUCGGCUACAAAAGAAAAAAGGGACGAGGCAAAGAACCGUGUGGAAAUUAUAAAUAAUAAAUGCAGCAAUCUUAAGCGGGAUGUGAAACAAAAACUCUCUGAAUCUUUGAAGUAUACCAAUCAAAUGGAACCAACGCACACACAAUUUCCCCAUAGGCUUUUUUAUAAUAGUUUAACAAAUAGCCUGGAGGAGUUACGUGACAAAAUUAGCGAUUUAAGUGGUCGAUUGGACUGCAUGGACAAUGUCGAUGCUGAGAUUGUAAGGGAAUACGAUACCAAAAGCCAUGAAGUUGAAGCAUUACAAAGAGAGUUGGAAGCAAAUUUACAUGGUGACGAAAAUUAUCUGUGUGAAAUAAAGCAAAUUUAUGAUGCAUGGCAUCCUGUUGUUAUGCAAGUUGUAACAACAAUAAACGACCAUUUCGGGCAAUUUAUGGAGUCAAUGGGAUACGUAGGAGAAGUCAAGUUGGCGUGCAAAGAGGAACAUGACUUUGAGUCGUACGGUAUAGAAAUUCUGGUGCAGUAUCGCAAAAACGUUCCGCUGCAGGCACUCAAUCGUCACGUACAGUCAGGAGGAGAGAGAGCUGUUGCUAUUGCUGUUUACACAAUGUCUAUGCAGCACAUAACGCAUGUACCUUUUCGGUGUGUAGAUGAAAUAAACCAAGGUAUGGAUGCACGGAAUGAAAGAAAGAUUUUUGAAAUGUUGGUAGAUGAAACCACCAAAUCUGGUAAUGCGCAAUACUUCUUUGUAACACCAAAGCUUUUACCAAAAUUGAAAACAAACGAGAGAAUGGCCGUUCACGUUGUCUUCAACGGGCGGAUGGUUCAAUCGAAAAAUGCAUUUUCCAUAAUUUGAUCCUACUUGUUUUUCAAAAUAAAAAAGAAUGUCUUAUCUCUUAA